AUGACUCUCAUGAUGUCUGGUGACAAUGCAAUUUCUACCUUCCUUGAAUCAGACAACCUUUUCAAAUGGGUAGGGACUCUCCAUGGAGCAGCCGGCACAGUAUAUGAAGAUCUGGAGUUCUCUAGUGGCUACCCUUACAAUGCACCCAUGGUGAAAUUCCUCAGGCCUUGCUACCAUCCCCACGUGGACACCCAGGGAAACAUCUCUGACAUCCUCAAAGACAAGUGGUUGGCCCUGUAUGACAACAGGACCCUCCUGCUGUCUAUCCAGAGCCGGGUAGGAGAGCCCAACAUCGACAGGCCUUUGAACGCACAUGCUGCCAAGCUCUGGAAAAAACCCACAGCUUUUAAGACGUACCUGCAAGAAACCACUUCAAACAAGUCUGUAGCCAAGAGCUCUGACCUGAGCUGUCCAGCUUUUCCUGUGUUGUUCUUAGCUGAACUUGGGGCCAUCUUCAAUAUUCCAGUAUCUUUCUAUCUAAUUCGAAAAAGAACAAAGAGCUCCAAAGAGGUUGUUCUUCAGUUAGAGGCAGCCAUUGUUAAGACCAACGAUGGCAGAGAAGAGAGAUUCAUCUUCCUCACUGGCGUGACAGAUGGGAGCUUAGGGCAAAAGUCUAGACUUCGAUGCUUAAAAGUAGUUCUGCAAGAUCACUACUGGAUUCAGUCUGCAGAUAUCAAGUACCAGGGACUUGUCCUUGGACUGUUGCUAUGGAGAUAUGUGAAGCACUUUACAACAGGCCACGUUGUGACACGUUUGCAAGAACAGAAUACAAGGAAAGUUCCACAUCCGCUAAUGAUUCAGACCUUGUUCAAGCAGAUGUGUCAACAUCUCCCCAAGACUCCAGAUAUCAAUCAACUAGCAGUGACUGGAAUUUUAAUCAACCACAGGAGCUCUCAACGAGAAUGGAAAUAUCUCCAUGAUGCUCCAAGAUGCUGCCUGUUGAUCCUGACCACCACGUCUUCAACAACCACCUCAUCUUUGAGAAAUGGAGCAAGACCUCAGAGAGAGCAAAGGAGACCUCAUCAGCACAUGAUCAAUAUUUGUUGA